AUGAAGGCCCUGAACCUGAGGGAAGAAGACGAAAACUUGCCGGACGUGGUCGGAGAAGACGCUUUGAUCUGCUAUUUUUGCAUCUGGCAGGCAGAGUUUGGGGAUGAGUCUGGAGACGAGGCUGUGGCUUGGUGGCCGAAAAAUCUCGAUUUGGAAGAAAACGCCAGGGUGCUGCGAGAGAAUUAUUCAGUUGGAGAAGUAGAGCAGUGUUGGGUGCAGUUGGAAGAGGUUGAUCUGGCCAAAUACACAAAGGAAUCCCCUGAGAAGAGAAAAUUCAACAUUGAUCUGGCUAAUUACGAAAAGGAACAGCCUAAAAAGAGUAAAACCGUCCGGGGAGUGUGCUUUUACUGCGGCAAGAUGUACAACAGUCUGAUGAAUCACAUCAAAUAUUCGCACAAAGAAGCCAUCAAAUGCGGAAUUCUGGGCUGCGCCACAUUCUUUCACACCGAGGAGGAAAAGGAGCAGCACAUGCAGCAAGUUUUACAUGAGAAACGAAGCAAACCAUGCAAAAGCAAGGAAAUUCGUUGCAAAUAUUGUGAAAGUGACAAAUUAUAUUCCACAUUGAAGUUGUUGAGGCUGCACAUGAAACGCCUCCAUCCGGAAUUUUCCAUGCGGUGCUCGCGUGUUGGCUGCCAAGAGUUUUUCAAAUCCAAGUCUGAGAUGGUUGCCCAUAUUAACACUUGGCACAAACGAGGACAAAAACAGCGUGUUCUCCAGUGCAAGCAGUGCGAGUAUUUCACCAGGCACGACGAGCACAUUUUGAGACGACACGUCGAGUCGAAGCACAUGCCCAAGACCUUCAAAUGCGACAAUUGCGACGCCAAAUUCGGCUCGAAAGCGGCAGUGGAUAAGCACUUCAUACAUUAUCACACGUUUGUAAACUGCAAAACUUGUGGCCAGGACGUGGCUCUCGGACACAAACCAUACCACGGAAAGCCAUCGGUUUGCUACAGAUGCAAACUCAGAUUCAAGUGCUCGGGUUUGUACCAAUCGCAUCGGGAAAAAUGCAAGCAAACCCUCCUUACUUGCAAAGAGUGUGGAAAAUCGUUCCCUGUGGAUUCGAGGUUGAAAAAUCACGUGAAAAACGUUCACACCAAAACUUUGAUUUUUCGCUGCGAGCAUUGCGACCAUUCUACCCAUGACAAGAUCCACAUGCAGGGGCACAUGCAACGCAAACAUCUUCCAAAGACGGUUAAGUGUGAAUUGUGCGACAAAUUGUUUGCCACGGAAUCUCUUGUCAAUAUUCACAAGUCGGCGGCGCACUCGUUCAUUCACUGCGCUGAGUGCGCGCAGCAAAUUCUGCGCGUUCACAAGUCUACACACAUGAGCGUCAAGACUUGCCGCCGCUGCAAGUGCGAGUUCAAGUGCCAGGGACUUCUUGAAAUUCAUAGCAAGAGCUGCCAAAAUAAUAAUUACUGUUGCGACAUGUGCCAGAAAUAUUUCAAAAAUAAGGCUGAUUUGUAUACUCACGUGGUUAACAAUCACAUUCGUGUGUAUAAAUAAAUUGUCCCUUUUACAGUUAUUUUGCUUAAAUUUAAGAUUUGGGUGGUGUUUUGUGUCAAAUAAAAUGAAAAAUUUGAUUAAUUAUUGUUUCUUAAUUUUAAAGGAGUUUAGAUUAUUUGAAAUAUAAAGCUUUCCAACGAAAAUAUUGCAAAAUCUUAUUUUCAACACUAAAGCAAGCAAUUUCUCAGGUUACCAUUUAAAUUUUUGAGAAAAUUGGCAAGAAAGCAUGCUAAUAAAAAUUUCCUGAGUCUAAAACCAUGUUUUGUUUCACAAUUUUAGGAAUUUAUCUUAAAAAAGAUGUGAAUUUUUUAUUUUCAGUAAAAAUGCAUUCUUUGUUUCGGAAAAAUGCUGCUUAAUGCGAACCCUGACACCAUAUAUAUUGAUGUUUAAUAAAUAUAUCAUUGUAUUCUGGCUAA